GACCAACAGCUGUUUCCCGCCAAUUAUUACUCAUUCUUCUCGGGCUACGACAACCUGAUCGUAAAUUCAGAAUACAACUGUAAAUAUUAUUUAUUUUUGGAAUUACGAGGACACAAGUUUUAUUCGAAGAUGUCAGUUUAUCAUAGAGGCAGUGAGAGGAGAAAAAUAUUAACGGAUUAUCGCAUUCGAGAGGAGGAUUAUACGACAGACUUUGGGAGACAUCACACCCUAUCACCACCACCACAGUUGGAAAAAGAAAAGAAAAUGAGGCGUGAAAUCGCUAACAGUAAUGAGAGACGUAGAAUGCAGAGCAUCAACGCCGGAUUUCAAUCUCUGAAAACGCUUAUACCCCAUCAUGAUGGAGAAAAACUAAGCAAGGCUGCAAUUUUACAACAAACGACUGAUUACAUUCAAGCAUUAGAACAAGAUAAAUCCAAGUUGAUUGCACAGAACACGCAUUUGAAGCGUAUAUUGAGUGAUUUUGACUCUGGAGAUAGACUACUCCAAGAGUCGGUGUAUCGUGAUUCACCCCCUCCCAAGCGGAAGAAGCGGGAUACCGAAUCAUCUGAUGAAGGUAUUUCGGCCGACUAUGAUGCCUUGGAGGAUAUAAAACGAGAAAUGAUGGAAUUGAAAUGUCAACUGGAACAAGAACGUCAGCUUCGUAUGAUACUUGAAGAAAGGGAGGCUCAAGAGCGGAUCAGACAAUUAGCAUCACGUGUCAACAUGCAGGUUCAAAUGCAGAAAGACAAAAUGAUUUACAUGGAACAAAUUGAAGAGGACCGUCAUGGGCACAUUGUGAAAUCUGAUUGCGAGAGUCCAAUGUCAGAAUCAAUGUCGCGCAGGAACCUAGAAACAAUUGUGGAAGCCAUCCGUCAUCUCGAAGGUGAUGAGCUACAACUGCCUCCCGAUGUAGCAGAUAGACAUUGUGAAGAAAGAGUGAUCAUUCCACAUAGUGCAGAGGAAAGUGAGAAAGACAGUGGCUCUGAAGAUUUCAAAUCUGAGUGUUCCAAUAGAGACUCGCCAAUAUCUUAUGUUCAGCAAGACCAAGAUUCAUCACGCUUGCGUUCCACAAGUCCACACCAAAUUUACCACAAAAACUAUCCCAUUGCACGGAACCUCCUGCAUGGAAACAUGACAUCACAAUUUUAUUGUCGACCGGGUGUUAUAGUGCAGAAAUUAUAGGCAUACUGUAAGGUUGCCAACCUCAUAUCAUCAUCAUUGUACAUAAUCAUGCGCUUCAUAUCACUAGUUGGUGCACACGUUACGAUCGGAAAAAAUGUUGUCAAGUUUUAAAAUACCAAGAAUAAAUCAAACAUGGUAGAUAUAAACAGAUGCACAGAGAGGUUAUGUGUAACCAGAAGAACAAAGGCACCACCAUGACUUUUGCAUUCAUUUGACAAGCCAUUUUUUAUCAAUUUUUUAAAAAUCAGUUUUGUAAUGUAUACAUGUUGAAAUCAUAGUACUGAAAAGUUGCUUCAAAGUAUUUCUAGUAUAGAAAUCCAAAUCGAUGACUAGAUCAAUUGGAUGUAAAAGAAUGCCAAAAGGUAAUGAACAAAAAUUACACCGGGUAACUUAAGAUUGAAUAUUAGACCAAUUUACCAAAUACCAAAUAGUCAAAAAUGUUUUAUGAUUGACAAUCGCCCAAAAGCAGAAAAUUUUUGAUCGCCUUUACAAAUAAAGAUGUGCCGAUGUGUUUUGUAUUCCUUUUUAUAGCUACCCAUUUAUAGGUGUAACUGUGGCACAUAUAUGAAUCACUUUUCAUCAAUGCUUUUCUUUUUCUUUUCAAAAUAGUCAAAAUUGUUAAGUAUGGCUAUAGUGUGUGAACAGUACUAGUGAAGUCUCGCUUUUAAAACUGCUGUGAGCAGCAUUCCAUUUUCUUCUGCCUUAAUCUGUCCAUGUAUAUAUGAAUUUUCAUAUCCUUCGAUAAAAGAGGGAAUUAAUUGUAUGUGUAUACUUGUGUAACGGUUAACACGGUCCAAGAUCUAUCAGAAUGAAACACAUAAUCGUGUUUUAACUCGAAUUGUACAUGCAACACCAAUUUAAUUUGAUACUUGAAGAGAUGUUGUUUAGUGCUUGUAAAAUUUGAUUUUCAUGACUGUAUGCCAUUAGAAAUGGAUUGCUUGUUAAAAACUACUGUAUACAUGUUUUGCACAUGUAGGUAAGAGUGUUAUGUUAGAUACAAAAUCUGUUUUGAAAGAGGUUGUUUGUGUUGCUAGUAUGUUGAUGACCUGUACUUGUUAAAUAUACUUGUUACCAUUUCCAAUUUUAGAUUUAUAAGCAAUAGCAUAUUGUAGCUUGUACUAUGCUAUGGCUACCAGAAAGUUAUACAAGUUACCAUGACGUGAAUCACUGGAGGGAAAUCUGCACAAUUAAAAAAAAAAUAGAGCAAAUAUUUCCAGAUUUAUUUUCGUAGUUGUGUUGCAGAUUCUGCUCGUUUCUUGUUAUUUUAGUUAAUUUGAUAAAAAAAAAUUAUUCGAGUAAAUAGAAAUGGUAACAUUUAAAAAAUCUUGUUUCUGGUAAGGACAUGUAGAUGGUAGGUAUUCUCAAUACAGUACAACAUUUAACUUUGAGAUACUGCUACUGCUGUUUUACAGGGGUACCAGUUUGUUCCAGAACUUAGGAAAAAUAUACUCAACAAUUAUUUCAGAUGGGAAAGAUAGAAAAUUUGAAAUCUUUCAGGCGAGGAGCCAUAAAUAAAUGGGUAAAAAAUAAUCUUCAUUUGCAAUACUCUUGCUUUUAGACUUAACAUAAAAUUUCCACUCUUCGCUGAAAACGAAAUCGGUGAACAAUUGUUCAAACAGAUCUAGAAAUUUUAGUGUUGUACAGUGUUUAGUUUACAAGUCCAGCACAUGUAUUGAAAAUUGGUUUAAGAACUGAGACAAGUUUAAUACCAGAAACAUCUAGUGUACAGUAUAGUAUUGGUCCUGAUAGUUGUAACGAUCUACCAUGAAAUGUACAUGUGUUAACUUUUAAAUUUCCUUAUUAAAGUUCAUGAGUUGUCAAGAACUUUACUAAAUGCACAUAACAAUGCAAGCUAAAUCUGGGUCUUAUUUCACAAUGAUGUGCCGGGCUAGAGAGGACAGUGGUUGAAAUUUAUUUUUUGAUUUGCAAAGUUUGGUUAAAUCUAUUUGAUGCAAAAAAAAAAAAAAAAAAAUGAAAUGUACUAUGAUUUUUUUUAAAGAAAACCAGUGAUUUUCAGUUGUGAUCAUUGGUUCAAAUGAAACAAAAAAUAUUCAAAGAUUGAAAGAAAAAAUGUAAUUUUUAUUUCAACUGUUAUCUUUCUUUCUUGCGACAUCUUGUUGGAAAGAUCCAUAUUUGUGUAAUUUAAGUUUGAUAAUGUAUAAUUUAAUGUAGAUGCUUGUUUUAAACCAUGUUCACCAUAAACUAUCAUUCAAAUAAUAAAUAUUCCUGAUAGUUGGGUCCCGGACUCAUGCUUUUGUCAUGGGACUUGCCUAAAAAAAAAACUACUAAAAUUACAAUUUCUAUCCAAUUGCCUAUUUUGAAUUUUUCAGAGAAUAGGAAAGGGAUUUAUGUCUUUGGCCUAGACUAGUUUGGGGUUUUGUUUUGAAAUUUUACAAAUCGUUCAUACAGUGCUCAUCACACAUGUAAAGUAUUAUUUUGAACGUGUUACACGGUUAAAAUGCUUAAGUUUGUACUUGACCACUUGCUAUUGAGCUUUCUGCCUUCUACAUGUUUCCACAAAUGUUGCCAGAUAAUUUUAAUAAUUUUACAUUUAUGCACAGUUGAUUGCAUGAUGGCAAAAUUCUAAGUGUAGAGGUUUCACAAUUAAUGAGUAACUACACAAUAAAUAGUUCGGGGAACAACUGCAUAUGGACAUUUAAAUCCUCAUAUCAUAUAUCAUGUAAUAGAAUAUUGUAGAUAAUGAUGCUUUACUUUUCUUUUACAUGACUCCACUGUGCUUUCUGAAAGUGCUCUUUAUUAUUUCAAGAAUGUUGAUUGGUCCAUGAAACAUAUAAUGUACAUGUUCAGUGUGCCGCGACCCCCCCCACCCCCAAAAAAAAUCAAAUUUUCUUGUAUUCAAAGCACAUUUUAUUUCAGCACUGUAUAUUGGGAUGCUAAGAGUCCAAAGUAAAGUUAUAAGAAUUAUCUUUCAUUGAUUUUCAAGUCUCGAAGAAAAGAAAAAAAAAAUAGAUUUGAAAUUCUGGCUUGCACUAAAUGUUGACCUUUUAUCCAAAAUCUUUUCAUUCCUCUCUAUGUAUAUUAAAGGUGAACAAAAUAUGUAACGAUUUGCUUGUAGUUGUGGUAUUAUUGCCAACCAUUCGAUAUAUAUUUAUACCUUGUUAUUAGUGCUACUGUAUUCCAUAAAUAAAAACUCGAGAGUUGGAGCAACUCUCUUGCACCCAUAUUGUACUUUUCCUAGGGCACGCUUUACCAAAAUGUCAAUUUUAUUUUACACCCCACAGUAUAGAGGUGUCUCGCUACCACACUCUGUAUUCAAGUGUGGAAUUUCGCAAAACAGUUACCCAAAGACAAAGUAGUUUCAAAAAUCUUUAAAAGUAGCAACUUAAUUGUAGAAUAUAGAUAUUAGCAUCAUCUGCACCCACAGGGUUUUAGCAUCAGGACUAUUGUUUACUAACGAUGAGAUAUAUAAAUGAUGGAUCAUUUGAAAUUAUUUAAAAGAAAUUUUUUACAAAUUUUGAUAAUAUAUUUAAAGGUUUUCCAAAAGUCCCUUAAUGUCCUCCUCAACAGAAAAGUAAAGUUUCAGAAGUUAAAUUUAUUAGGAAGGUAAUUGCAGACAAUUAACUAUUAAUUUCUGAUGAUUAACUUGUUUAACAUGUCGAUGUAACUUUCUGCCCAUGAAUGAUAAUGACCUUCAGACUUUGUUGAAUUCCUUGUUUUAUUGAGAAUAUUCUGAUGAGAGUGCUGUCUGUAAUAUAUAUUGUGAAAUGUUACAUGGAGCUGAUCAACGAGAAUGUUGGGUCAAUUCCUUUAUAUUAAAAGUGUGAGUGUGUUAUUGCUAUCAAUCAUUCAUGUAUAUAUCCAUAUAAUUUAUUGAUUGAUAAUAAAAUUAAUGUAAGGUGUCAUCUGAUAAUUGUAUCAUUAAAUCAUCUGUACUCCUUUGAAA